CCGGCGCGUGUGGGGGCGGCCGCGGCCCCUCAGCCCGGCCCCGCUCCGGCCGGAGCCGCUCCGGAGAGCGCUCCUGAAACAGAGCAACAGAGAGAGAAAUAGAGCCAUUCCUGCCACCGCCUCAGCCCGGGGCCGCUCCGGAGAGCGCUCCUGAAACAGAGCAACAGAGAACCAGAGCCGUUCCUGCCUCCGCCUCAGCCCGGGGCCGCUCCAGGGAGCGCUCCUGAAGCAGGGAAUCAGAGCCGUUCCUGCCUCCUCCUGAGCCCAGCCCGCUCCAGGGAGCGCUCCUGAAGCAGGGAAUCAGAGCCGUUCCUGCCUCCGCCUCAGCCCAGCCCGCUCCAGGGAGCGCUCCUGAAGCAGGGAAUCAGAGCCGUUCCUGCCUCCUCCUGAGCCCAGCCCCGCUCCAGGGAGCGCUCCUGAAGCAGGGAAUCAGAGCCGUUCCUGCCUCGCCUCAGCCCAGCCCGCUCCGGCCGGGGGCUCUGGGCUCAGCUCCGCCGGAGGAGCGGGAAAAGGGAACUCCUCCUCCAGACCGCGUUUCGAAGUGGGAGGGGAAAAGAAGCUUCUUUGUGGCAAUGCUAGAUCCUUUAGAGAACAACUUGUUUGAUCUUCCUGAUUAUGAGAACACAGAAGACGAAACAUUCCCACCUCUUCCACCUCCUGCCUCUCCAGGAAGGGACGAUGCAGAAUGGGCUCAGGCUAAUGGAGAUCCAGAUGGAAACCAGCAGUCCCAAACAAAGGAUUCUGCUGUGACCACACAGAAGGCAGUAAAAAGACCAAGGCCUAGAUUAGAUGCCCAAAGGUUAACUUCGGAAAGAGGGCUCCCAGCUCUGAGACACAUGUUUGACAACGUCAAGUUCAAGGGCAAAGGGCACGAGGCAGAGGACCUGAAGACACUGAUCCACCAUAUGGAGCACUGGGCUCACAGACUGUUCCCACAACUGCAGUUUGAGGAUUUUAUUGAUGUAGUGGAGUCUUUGGGAAACAAAAAGGAAGUUCAGACCUGCCUCAAGCGGAUUAGACUUGAUCUUCCUAUUUUACAUGAAGACUUCAAAAAUAAUGAAGAAGGGGAAAGCAAUGGGCUGGAUGCAGCUGCUGAAGAUGCACAUUCCCACUGUGGCAGUGCAGAAGAGCUGAAUUCCCAGCCUGGGCCAAGUCUGACGGAGGAGCAGCAGGAGCGGAUGAAGAAGAACCGGCAGCUGGCCCUGGAGCGGAGGCAGGCGCGGCUGCAGGGCCUCAGCCAGUCCCAGCACCAGGAGCUCCCCAGCAGUUACUCAGAAGAGGGGUUUGACAGUCCAGCUGCUCAGGAUCCCCCUGACCUUACUGAAGACACUGAGGUUCCUGCAGCCAAGGAUGCUCCCACAGAAGAUGGAGAUGAUGAAUUGGGAUGUGCCAGGGAAGAGCAGUAGCUCCCCCACACCAUGAAUGCCUUUCUUGACCAAAGGACCCUCCUGCUUUAAGUACUGUCAUUGUACUGAAAUGUUGCUGGCUCUUGGCACUGCAGAAGCUUCAGGGAAGUCUCUCCCAUGGCAUCAGUGAAGGACAGAACUCUUCCCUGGAAGCUGCAGGGAAGCAGCUCUGUACACCAGGAAACAGAACAAAGUUCUUCAGCUGCACUUGAGCCAUCUUUUCCACCUCCCAAAAUGUUUUCUAGGAAAUGUUUAUGACUUUUUGGACCUACUUUGAACAUAGUUUAUCAUUUAUGUUAAAGCAAAUGAACUGGGAUAUUGAUGCAUUAAGUUGCUAUUAAAGGUGUGUUUGGGGUUUUUUAACGGGUCUUUAACAGGGAUACUGGAUUUUUUUUUAACUGCUUAUCCAUUACUUACAUAUUUUUCAUAUGAAAUGGAAGCUAUUAAAUUUCAGAA